AGCCACUCUAAACGAGGGAUUGGCAGACAUUGUUGCUCCAUCUGUUCUGCCACUCAUUGUCCAACGCGCCUGCUUCAGUGUGGAGGAAAAAAAAAAAUCCAAUAAACAGAGCGCUCUGGAGGGCAGCGGGAGGACGGAGGCGUUUGUCUGGAGUUGGAUGCUGUGCUGUAACCUGCAGAGGACGAGCGUCCGCUUCGGAUGUGGCUGCUGUGGGAACUUUAGGGUUUGUGCCGGCUUUCAUGGGUUUAAAGGUGUGGAAAUGAGCUGAUCAACUUCCCUUCCCCCAUCGUUCGUUGAUCUUUUAAGGCCUGGCCCCCAUGAUUCCAGCUUUGUAAGAGGGCAGCAGUCAGGCCUGUGUGCUGGAUGUCUGGGACGGCUCCAUGGGCCAGAAGGACCAUGUGGAGGCGGGAGCGGGCCACAUCCUCGACCUGGGGCUGGAUUUGGAGUAUCUUCAUGUAGCGGGGUUCAACCGGCAGGCUGGCGGCUCUGACGGGCCCCCCGCUAUGGAGGAGCAGGGGGAGCACUCCGGCAACACCGCCGAUUCCCCUCCUCCCGCUGUGGCGCAAGAGUGUGAACCGCCGCCGGCUCCCAGCGCCCCCCUCGCUGCCGACCCCGACCCGGGCGGAGGAGAGGGAGGGUUAACUCCCAGUAAGAAUGCACACCAGCCCCUUUGCAGGACCCCAUGUGUGGACUUGGGCACUGAGGGUCCUCCUGAGCUUCCGUCUGAGUCCUCAUCGGAGCUUGAGCACGAGCCGUCAUCCGGCUCGCCAUGCAAGCGCCCCCCAGAGCCUCCCCCCAAUUCCUCCUCCUCAGAGCCGGCGCCCGAGCCCGGCAGUAAGGAGUACCAGGCAAAGCUGGAGUUUGCCCUGAAGCUGGGCUACUCGGAGGACACGGUGCGCCUGGUGCUCUCCAAGCUUGGCCCUGACACCCUCAUCAAUGACAUUCUGGGAGAGCUGGUCAAGCUGGGCACCAAGUCGGACAGCGAGCAGCCGGCCGGGUCGCUGGCCUCUACCUCGUCCACGUCCUCCUCGUCCUCCUCGUCCUCCUCUUGUGGCUACUCUGAUCUGCUGGACAGCCAGAGGUCGGACUCGCCCUGUCCGUCAGACUCUGUGAGUGACCAGGACAACCUGCGCCCGAUCGUGGUGGAUGGCAGCAAUGUAGCCAUGAGCCAUGGCAACAAGGAAGUGUUUUCCUGCCAGGGCAUCCAGCUGGCUGUGGAUUGGUUCCUAGAGCGAGGUCAUCGUGACGUCACAGUGUUUGUGCCAGCUUGGAGGAAAGAGCAGUCGCGCCCUGACGCCCCGAUAACAGAUCAGGAGAUCCUGCGUCGCCUAGAGAAGGAAAAGAUCCUGGUCUUCACUCCUUCGCGGCGUGUCCAAGGUCGGCGCGUGGUUUGCUAUGACGACCGCUUCAUCGUCAAGCUGGCCUACGAGUCAGACGGCAUCAUCGUCUCCAAUGACAACUACCGAGACCUGGCUAACGAGAAGCCUGAGUGGAAGAAGUUCAUCGAUGAGCGGCUGCUCAUGUAUUCCUUUGUCAAUGACAAAUUCAUGCCACCAGAUGACCCGCUAGGUCGUCAUGGCCCCAGCUUAGAUAACUUCCUGAGGAAAAGACCGGUCAUGCCCGAGCAGAAGAAACAGCCUUGCCCAUACGGAAAGAAGUGCACCUACGGCCACAAGUGUAAGUACUACCACCCAGAAAGAGGUGCUCAGCCUCAGCAAGCUGUGGCCGAUGAGCUGCGUGCCAGUGCCAAGACCUGCGUCACCACAAAGAACCAGGGGGACACCGGCUUGGUGAAGAGCCACAGCGUGCCAGCUGGCAGCUUUGAGGCGAAAAAGGGCGCCCAGAAAAGGCAGUCGGACCCCAGCAUCCGAGCCCUGUCGUACGGUGAUGCCGAGGAGAAGCUGGCCAAAGGGAGGGCGGAAAGCCAGAAGAACAGCAGCAGCAGUGGGGGCAGUGGGGGCAUGAGCAUGUCCUCGGCCCCAGGAGACCCCUUAUCUACUUUCAGCCUUCCCCCGGACCAGCAGUCCAGAACAGUGACUCCCCAGAGUCUACCGGCCCCCAGCCACGACCUUUACCCUCACUGUGAGUCCCCCGACCUGAGCUACUACUCGGUGAGGCGGGCCUACUCGGGCCUGAGCCUCUCCUCCAGACGGAGCCCGGAGUGCCGCUUCCCCCACGACACGGACCUGCGGCUCGGCUCCAUGGGCUCGGCGGGCUCCGAGUGUGGCAGCGAGAGCAGCAGCUGCGACUCGUACGAGAGGCCGUGUGCCGGCUGCCCCCCGGAAACCUCGCUGGACGACGGCCUCCAUUUUGCCAACCCCCACAGCCGGCUGUAUCCCCACCGCGCGGCGCCCAACCACGAGCUGUGUGGCCUUCACCCCGCCGACUACUCGAGCAUGCAGCACGCGGCGCACGGCUACCACCUGAGCGCGGCGCGCGGACAGACCUGCGCUCGCGAUCAGCCUCCCCCGAAGCAGCCUCUCUACCCGCUGCCCCCGCACCUCCAGCACCAGCCGCUGGCCGCGCGCUCCAGCUGCCCCGGCGAUUACCACUCGCUGCCCCAGUCCAACCCGCGCCCCCCCGGGUCUCCUCUGGGCCGCUGCCUGGCCCCGACGCGCCGGGAGAGCGUGUCCGACUCGCACCUGUACGAGCACCUGUCCACGCAGCACCACCACCACCACCGCCCGAAGGCGUCGCCCGGGUGGGACACGUACUACCGACAGCCUGCGCUGCCGCCGUCCCAGUACGAGCCGUCCGCCUAUCAGAGUCUGCCGGACACGCGCCAGGCGUCCUGGCACGCCCCGCCCUGGGCGCAGGACGGCUACGGCCAGCACCACUCCUCCCACCCAGCUCUCCACCCGUCCUCGGCGCAUUACUUAAACCACCCGCCGCCCCGAGCCCGCUCCCCUCACCCGCCUCACCCGUCCGGUGCUCCUCUCCCGCCGCCGUACGCGUCCCACGCCGCUCUCCACGCGGCGCCCUCUUACAUGGCGCAGCACUCCGAAUCCCCUGCGCACAGCCGCUACGUGGACAUGAGGGAGAAAGUGUACGUCAACCUGUGUAAUAUCUUCCCCCCGGAGCUGGUGAGCCGCGUGAUGGCCAGGAGCCCCCACAUCACGGACCCCCAGCAGCUGGCAGCUGCCAUACUUUCAGAGAAAGCCCAAACAGGAUACUGAAGAAGGGAGGAAAGUAGAAAUCGGCAGCCGUCAUGUAGUCUCGAGAGGACAUAGUGGUUUGCAUCGGGGGAGGUUUUGCAUCUGUAGCACUUGAAAGCAUGGUAGAUUUGCAUGGUUGGAUAUGAAACCGCGCCGUGCUUUUGGCUCGUCUUUGAAAAGACCUUUUUCUUCUUUUGUCACGACGUUGCUCAGACAACGCAUACGUUUAAAGGAUAUACAAUGCUGAAGAUAAUCCCGCCCCAGCGCUGGUCACGACGCUGCGACGGCUGCAGUGUAGGGGGAGCGAGUCCUUCUGUGCCACUUGUGAAGAUUGUCUCAGACCGGCCCAGUUAGUCUUUUUUUAUUUAUGCUGUAACGUUAUUUCUGUCACACAGGACUUGUUAUGCCUCAAAUUCAAAAGGUGCAUCUUUUUGUGUUACAAGCAAAUGACAGUAGAGUUCUUACAUCAUAAUGACUGAAAUGAAGGAUCAUUCAAACAUCUCCACCUGCUUUAUCACUGGAGUCUGACGUCAUGUGCACCCACAUUGUAACAUAAGCUACGCCAAAGCAGGAUUUGAAAAUAUUUCCUUUUCAUGUGUUUGGUGCCAGAUGGAUGGGAUUUUCUUCUUCAUAACUAAUAAGAAAAAGAGUCACAGGCAUAUUUUCUCUGAUAGAUUGUUCUUCAUUUGUUAUGUGGCGAAUUUCAAGUUUCAAAACUACCAUUUGGCCCAGGUGUGUGUAUCAUAUGAAUCUGUGUUGUGAAGCCGUGUGGGGCUUUUGCCAUGUUGGUUCAAGUUGGUGUCUGAAAGACGGUCAUCUUAUUUGAGAUGACGUCAGUAUUUUGGUCAGAGUUGUAGCUGUAGAGAUGGGUGACCCUGUCGUGUGUACCUUAGUUUUAGUAAGGGACAUCUUUCUCUCUCUCUUUUUCUCUCUCUCUCUCUCUCUCUCUCUCUCUGGCCCUUUUAUUUUGGGUCAACUCUGGUAUCUGCUACAGACAGAGAACAUCUGGACAUCAGUAAAUCAACGUGUGUAUUGUAAAUAUAUUUAACAGACUGGCGGUCUGUGGCAGAUCCCGGCGGAAUCCUUGUUAGACAGAGAAGAACCUUGUUUGAUACAAAUUGUAUCAUUAACUAAGUCGCUGAUGUUAUAUACAGUACAUCCAUGUAACACACCCCAUGUAGGGCAACAGUGUUCCAAUCGAGAUGCUCCAGCUUUUAAUCUUGUGGAAAUUGCUUGAGACAAUUAUUUCAGGUAUGUUAAUGGAACGGAAGGAGUUUUUUUCUGCCUAUGUUUAGGUAUCACAACUUCUUUAUUUCCUCUUUUGGGUUUGAAGCUAGCUUAUUUGCUCCAGGAACCCCGAUUAAAUCCUGUGAGAAAUAUGUUCUGGUUUGCUGGUUAAAUGCCACUUUAAAAACAGAAGUAUACUAGUCUUGUUUUCUCUUGGCGAGGUUGGGGUCAGAUCAUUUUGGGGCUUUUUGUUGCCUCUUUUAUUACGUCGUUAACUAACCCAUUGUUUUAUUGAUAUUGAACGGCUGGGCCCCAACCAGAUUUCAUUUGGAGGGUUUUAUAUUCGGGUCAGUCCCAUAAACCACGGUGGCCAUUUUGAAUGUCUGUCACACUCUACCUGAAGUAUUUGCAAAUUUAUUUGAGUUGUUUUUGCCUUUAAAAGAAGACAAGAUUUUCAUAGAACCUGAAACGAUCCACGCAGGAAGCUACCCGAGCACUUACAGGCCCGUGCUGACAUGUCCUUGUGUUAUUAAUUACACACGGACAUGUUCAGUGUGACCUGCCCGUGACCCAUUGCAUGCUGGGAUGGUCCUAAAGUAGAAAGACCCA